GUCAGGCUUGAAAUUCGUACAUCCGUUCAGACUUUAGGCUAAUCACAGCGUACAAGUAUUGAUAAGUGUGAACAUAAUAAAAGAACGAAAUCAUUAUGGGUUUGUGGAAGAGGAAAAUCACCGUUGCUGAUGAUGUGGUUACAUCUGCGGUACAUCUGACAUUGCGACAAUCACUUAUACCGAAUUUUCUAGGUGGGUUUUAAUCGGUCAGGUACCAUCCUGUUUAUUGAAACUAAUUCGUCGAUUCAUACAGUCACAAUUCUCUUUUUCCUCUGGUAACCAAAAUUAUUUCUGAAUGAAUGAUAUGGAUUUUUGCUAAUAUAUUAUAGGGGAUUUGCGUACGGACUUCUAGAUGUUUUAAAUCCUCAUUUCCAAACUUCCCUCAACAUUACCGCUUCGAAAGCCUCUGGCCUAUCAGCCGCCUACUUUGGUGCUUAUGCGCUCUGCCCAACAACAAUAAGUGGCUUGGUACUUCGAAGAUGGGGAUUUAGAGUCACAUUCAUGACUGGACUUUGUGUUCUUGCUGUUGGUUGUCUUUUAAUGUGGCCAAGCGGAGUGAAACAUUCAUUUGGCGGAUACUGCGGUAGCAUGUUCGUUGUCGGAGCCGGAUUAUCAACUCUCGAAACCGCAGCAGAUCCUUUCCUCUCCAUCUGCGGUCCUCCAAGAUAUUCCGAGAUUCGACUCAACCUCGCACAGGCUGUUCAAGCUGUCGGUUCUUUCGUCGCCCCACUUCUAGCUUCUCGUGUGUUUUUCGCUAAGACAGUCGACAAUGAUCAAGGGCUCAAGAACGUUCAAUGGACAUACCUCGGUGUUGCUGGUUUUGUCGGUCUAUUGAUUAUCUUAUUUUAUUUGGCACCAAUGCCAGAAAUUACGGAUGCUGAUAUGAGCACCCAAGAAUUGGAAAUUGCUGAUUAUGACCCUGGACCAUUCAAAAGACAAUUCAAUCUAUUCCUUGCUGUUUGUAGUAUGUUCUGUUAUAUUGGUGCACAAGGUAAGGAUCAUAGCCUUUUUCCGGGCAGCAAACAUGAUGCUAAUGCAAAAAAGUUUCGGUUGCAAAUUACUUUGUGAACUUCUGUGUAGAAGCCGGCAAAGAUGCACCUACUAGCUGUAUGUCUCCCAGUCCUAGUCACUCCUAAACAACCCACUAAUCACAGCUAGCCGACAUAUUCGCUGCAGCACAAGGUCUUUACGCUUUCAACCGUUUCGUAGCCGGUGGUCUUAUGACUUUCAAAGUCUUCAAACCUCGCUACAUACUAGCAGCCUACCUUUUCCUAUCCUGGCUCUUCGUUCUCUCUGCCUCUCAAUCUCAUGGUAAUGGCAGCAUCGUCUGUCUAGUUCUGGUCCUGUGUUUCGAAUCCGCCUGUUUCGCUACGAUCUUUACCCUCGGCCUUCGUGGUCUCGGUCGACAUACUAAGCUCGGAGGAUCACUCUUGGUAGCUGCUAUUUCUGGAGGAGCAGUAUUUCCACCUAUGACUGGUGCUGUAGCCACGCAUUUAACAAAUUCUGGAAGCAAGAAACCAUUCCAUAUGGCCAUGUUAAUUCCCAUGAUGGCAUUUGUGUUGGCAUACAUUUAUCCUUUAUAUGUGAACUUUAUUGUUAAGGACAGAAUGGAUGAAAGAAGAUUGACAGCCGUGGGUAUCGACCCUGUUAAUGAAAAAAAAUUCGCGUUGAAGCAAACGGAAAGUACUGGUGCGCCUGCUCCAGCUAAGGAAAUUGAAGCUGGUAAUGGAAAUGUGGAAACAGUGGAGCGAGUCUAGUGCGAGGUACCGGGUGUGGAAUGUUGUCGUAGGGUUUUCGCCUUGUUCAAAGUUGGAGUGAGUUAG